CGAGUCUGCAGGGCUGAUAAUCGAUCCAGAACAGCAGAUCGAUUACCCGGCAGGUGCAGGGCUGAAGGGUUAGUCCAUCAUGUCUGUGGAGGUGAGCAGGAAAAGAAAGCUGGAAGACUCUCCAGAGGACGGCAGAGCUCAGAAGAGGGCAAAGACCAGCGAGGAACCACAGGAGAACCACGUGGCAGAGCAGCAGCAUAAGCCUUGCAUCACUCGUCCACUGGAGCAGCUGUGUGAGUCCAUCAGUGUGGAGGACGUGUGGAGGCUGGUGCAGUACGCCCUGCUGAGGAGACACUACGGAGGAAAAAAACCAAGCUGGUGCAGACUCCACGGCCGGCGCAGGGUGGUCAGGGUUAACGUGGCGGUGCUGGAGGGACUGACGCAGCUCCACUUCUACACACAUUACACUCAGUUCAAACAACUGAGGAGAAAAUACAGCACUAGAUGUACUCUAGCGCCCUCCUCAGGGAACCUGCUGUCUGAGCUCUUCAACAGUGAACUCCCGAACCCUCAGAUCCACACUGCGCCCCCAACAGUUGGUGUGUUGUGUCACCCAGUGCUGCGGCGGUUUGGCCUGAAGAAGAAAGGAAUGAGCAGCUACCUGCUGACGGAGGAGGAAAUGAUCAAAAAAAGCUUUCCAGUCAAAGGUGGGCGGGGCUGUGAAGCAUUUGUUUGCACUCAGGCUGAUGGUCAUGUGACUGACAGCAGCCCUCUGUUCGGUCUGGACUGUGAGAUGUGUGUGACGCAGGCCGGUGCUGAACUAACGCGAGUAGCAGUGGUGGACAGCAGGGGGAGCUGUGUACUGGACCAACUGGUGAAACCAUUCAAUCCCAUCAUCAACUACUGCACCAAGUUUUCUGGUAUUACCCGCUCCAUGCUGCAGGGUGUGAACACUCGUCUAGUGGACGUUCAGUCUAAACUGCUGGAUCUGCUGCCAGCAGACGCUGUUUUGGUCGGACACUCGCUGGAUAACGACCUUCGUGCACUCAACUUGAUUCACCCCCACGUAAUCGACACUUCACUGCUCUAUCGCAGAGAGUUCGGACAGAGAUUCAAACUGAAGCAUUUAGCACAGAUCAUCCUCAAGAGAGAGAUUCAGAGUGAAGACAGAAGAGGUCAUGACCCCUGUGAGGAUGCACGCGCUGCUUUGGAACUCGCUCAGUAUUUUAUCAGCAAGGGACCAAGACAGGUUGUGGAGGCCCAUCUGGAGGAUCUGUGGGGAAUGUGUCCUACAGCUCCUGUUAACGGAUCUCUAAACGGAUCAUUACACAACAACAGAACAAGCCCUCUCAGGUUUGGCCACGCCCUUCACAAAGCUGGCCAAUCAGCUCUCUUCCUGGGCAGAUCAGAUGUGAUGGAUGGCGUCUCGUCCAGUCAGCUGUGGCGCGGUCAUUACUGCAGCACGGAUAAAGAGGUGGUGUCUGUGUUUAAGCGUGUAUCUCAGUCUUACUCUCUCAGUGUUCUCCAGUUCUCCUCCUUGAGUGAGAUACUGAGGCAGACUCCAGCAGGGGGGCCGGCGGGACCACCUUCAGCAGAUGGCGGACAGGUUAAGACAGAUGUGCGUGUUGUUUGUGGGUCCGUUCCCCUCUGACUUCACAGAAAGGAGAAUACGCUCACUGCUCAGGCAAUACGGAGACCUGCGGUCAGUCAGAUUACUGCAGAAAACGCACGUGCUGUACGCUGUAGUCGAGUUUCAGCAGCUGGAAGGAGCUCAGCUCGCCCUUCAGUCUCUGAAUGGUCACCAAAUAAACAACAGACCAGUA